CGCAUGUGCAGGCGGCCGCGCCGAGGGGAGCGCUAGGCUGCAGCUGCGGCGCGCGGCGGCCGCUCCCUGGCAGUGUUUGCUAAGAUGGCGGACUUCCUGCCGUCCCGCUCCGCGCUGUCGGGCUGCUUCCCCGGCUGCCUGCUGACCAGCACCGAGGCCGAGCAGCAGCGCAAGUCCAAGGAGAUCGACAAGUGCCUGAACCGCGAGAAGACCUACGUGAAGCGCCUCGUCAAGAUCCUGCUGCUGGGCGCGGGCGAGAGCGGCAAGUCCACCUUCCUCAAGCAGAUGCGGAUCAUCCACGGGCAGGACUGGGACCGGGCGGCCCGCGAGGAGUUCCGCGCCACCAUCUACAGCAACGUGAUCAAAGGUGUGAGAGUCCUUGUAGAUGCUCGAGAGAAACUUCAUAUUCCCUGGGGUGAUCCUGACAACCAGAAUAAUGGGGAUAAGAUGAUGGCUUUUGAUACUCGGUCAACAAUGGUGGCACAAGGGAUGGUGGAGACUCAGGUUUUUUUACAGUAUCUUCCAGCAAUAAAAUCACUGUGGGCAGAUAAUGGAAUCCAGCAUGCCUAUGACAGACGCAGAGAAUUCCAGCUGGGGGAAUCUGUAAAAUAUUUCCUGGACAACUUGGAUAAACUUGGAGAAUCGGAUUAUCUUCCAUCACAGCAAGAUAUUCUGCUGGCACGAAGACCCACAAAAGGGAUUCAUGAGUACGACUUCGAAAUAAAAAAUGUUCCCUUCAAGAUGGUUGAUGUAGGUGGCCAAAGAUCAGAAAGGAAACGUUGGUUUGAGUGCUUCGACAGUGUCACAUCGAUACUUUUCCUGGUCUCCUCAAGUGAAUUCGACCAGGUGCUCAUGGAGGAUCGGCUAACAAAUCGCCUUACAGAAUCACUGAACAUUUUUGAAACAAUAGUCAACAACCGGGUUUUCAGCAACGUCUCCAUCAUUCUAUUUCUAAAUAAGACAGACUUGCUUGAGGAAAAAGUACAAAAAGUGAGCAUCAAAAACUAUUUCCCAGAGUUCGAAGGGGAUCCCCACUGCUUAACAGACGUCCAAAAAUUCCUGGUGGAUUGUUUUCGUACCAAACGCCGGGACCAACAGCAGAAGCCCCUAUACCACCACUUCACCACUGCUAUUAACACAGAAAACAUCCGGCUGGUUUUCCGUGACGUCAAGGAUACCAUUCUUCACGACAACCUCAAGCAGCUUAUGCUACAGUGAUGUGCAAAAAGACAUAUUUUUAUUUGAAUACCUUUUGUGUUUUUAAAAUUGUGGUUUACAACAGGAGAAGAAAAAUCCAGGUCCUGUCAGACUUCUUGAUGUGUGGCUGAAAGGUGCUGCUGAGCACAUUAUUGCCAAUUUCUGCUGAAAUUGAGGCUUUAAUCUCUUCCACUGUAGCUUUGAGUUGACUCAGUUAUAAUUUUAUAGCAAACCUAAGUCCAAAUAACCUGUAAGGUGACUAAACUUGACCUCUAGUGCUUGUAUGUUGCAAAAAGUCUAUCUAGAAAACACACUCCACCAUCAAAAUUCCAAGUCCAGACUUCAGUGUAACAUUCAUCGGAAUUACAUUAGACUUGUAGUAGUAGUUUUUUAAAGCUGUUCCUUUUCACCUCUUCCUUAAAACUAUGAUGAAGACUGUGAUAAUAUAGCUGACUUUGAUUUCUCAGGUCUUUCAUUGGAUAGAUAUUCCAUAAAUUUCUUGUUGGAAUCAUUUAGAAGCUAGGAUACUUGGUAAUAAAGCCUUUCCUGCCUUAAAUAUAAAGUUUUGCAUGGGUUUUUGACUGUAGGGUAUGCUUUAGGUCAGGAAAUACAGAAAAGCUGGGAAUGGUCAGCAUUAAUACCUUCUGCCAGAAAUGUAUAAAGACUAAUAUGAUCAAGAACUAGUAAAUGACACAGUUCAGUCUAAACUUCAUUUUUAUUGCAUAUUUUAAGUACUCUGCUUGUUAGAGCUAUAACAGAGCACUAUGAUCUGAAAUGCUGAUAUGUGGGAAGAAGCAAACUACACUUUAGAAUCUGUAUUCUCAGUUUGUCAUUGUGCUGAAUAGCUUACAUCCAGGUACCUUGCCCCAGAGUUUAGGCUGAUUUGAAGUGCUUUUGUAUCUUUUCACCAUAACUUUUACAGUGUGCCUAGUCCCACAUCAACAAGCAUUCACUAAUGCACAGAAGUAUUUGCAAACGUAAGUGCCUCCAGUCUUCUUUCCUUCUCCAGUGUUUUCAGUGGCCUUACAUGAAGACAAAUUCCCCAGACAAUGGCCGUAUGCAGAUAUGGGUAAAUAGGCCAAACGCCACUAAGCCAAAAGUCUGUACAGUAAGAUGAGCAUAACAUGUUACAAUACUUAAAUGCUAAAGUCUGAAAACUUCAGAGAAUCUGUCAGAAUCAGGUCUAAAAUCCCUAAGAACCAUAAGAAUGGCCAUACUGGGUCAGACCAAUUGUCCAUCUAGCCCAAUAUUCAGUCUUUCGGCAGUGGCCAGUAGCAGAUGCUUCAUAGGGGAUGAACGGAACAGGGCAAUUUAUUGAAUGAUUCAUCCACUGUUGUCCAGUCCCAGCCUCUGGCAGUCAGAGGUUUAGGAACA